AGUUCUGUUACAGUUUUCAGCUGUAAAACACAACUUCUCCAAGCAAUAAAAAAAUCUAGCGACGUGUCCAACAACCAAGCUUCUUCCGCUCCAUAAAGUAAAUUCUGAAAGUAAUAUUUUUUCUUUGCUUCAUAUUGUGAACGGCAAAUCUCGUGUGAUCGUUAUUCUACUUACUUUUGUAUGUCUGUUUAACCGGAUAGUCGGAAUUGUUGAAAAAAAAAAACGUGUAACGUGAAUUGUAAUGUCAACUUUUUACUGCUCUAAGACAAUCGAUCGUGACGUGUAUCGUGUGACUAAGUGUCAACAACAACAACAACAACAACAAUUACAAAAGUAUCAAAUACUCUUGAAACGGCUAUAAAUUUCUAGAAAAAAAAACGUUUAUUGCAAGAUAUGCAUAAAGAGACUGCAUCAGAUAAAAAGAACAUUUAAAGAAAAUCUAGAACUUUGAAAAGCAAAAAACCACCAUUGAAACCAACGAAUGUCAUAUAAAUUGGCAGCAUUGCAAUUUCAAAUCAGUGUUGAGAUAAGCAUCAACGUAGAUCAAUAACAAGUAAUCCAGCGGCAGCCAAGCAGCCCAACAGCUCAGCAGCAAGUGAAUAUUCUGCAUUAUUUUGUGCCAAAAGCGACAUAACGAGUCCCAUUAGCGUGUCAACAGCGUACAUAGGAACGGCAGCAAAAUUUCGCUAACAGCCCGAAAUAGAUUUGCCAAAACGGAGUCUAUCAGAGGACCUAUGUCAUCGCAAAGCUAUCUUCUGUUAUUAUUGAAACUCAAUAUAAAUCUGCAGUCAAGAACUCAACACAAUCUAGAGGUGAUAAAUUCAUUCAUAACAUAACACGAGCACAGUUGAUUUGGAAGUUUCGCAAAAUUGUAGAAAGUGAACGUACAAAUUAGCUGCUGCUGUUGCCCGUCUGCCAUUGAAUCCAAAGGAAACUAUAUAAAAUCAAGUUGAAAAAAGUAAAGAGUGAGAAAUCAAAAAAGUUUUUGUGCAAACCAGUAGAGAAGAAAAUAAUCUGAAAGUGUUACGCCGAACACGACGACGAAAAGUUAUCCUCGAAGAGAAAUUUUUUAAUUCUGCCAUCAUUCAUUGUCGAAGGAAAAAGAAGAAAAUCAUUAAAAUGAACAUAAAUAUGUUAUUAAUAGCACAGCUUGUGCUCUUUGCUGCCUGCAUACAGAGCAGAGCCAUCGAUGAGGUUGAUAAUUCCAUUGAAAGCACUGGCGCCGGUGGUAGUGGUGGUGGUGGUGGCGAUGAUGGUGUUGGACAAUCACCAAAACAACGUUCGCCUUUCGAAACGGAUUGGAUUAAAUUCGCAAAGAAACCACCAACACAAUUGUUGCAAUCGCUCGGUCAACCCGUUGAGAUUGCUUGCGAGGUGAUGGGCUCACAGGUGCCCACCGUACAAUGGGUUGUCGGACAUUUGCCGUUGUCUGAGAUCGACAGCGUUGAAUCCAAUGUCAUAUCCGAGUCCUCUCCCAGCGCCAUCGUACGCGUACGUUCCGUACAUGUUAUCGAUCAUAUGUUGAGUGAGGCCCGUACCUACACUUGCAUCGGUCGCACUGGCGGUAAGACCAUUUAUAGUUCGACAAUUGUCUAUCCUCAACCAGAUAUGAAAGAAUUGGUGCAAGUACGUGACAAACCAUUCCCCGGACCACAAAAACCACGUAUUGUGUAUAAUGAGAAAUUACAUUUGGACCUGGUCGAUUCGAACAUUGUCUUGCCAUGCAAAGUUCAUGCUCGUCCGCGUGCUGAGGUCUUCUGGAUGAAUGGUGAGGGUAAAUUGAUCGAACCAAAUCAUCGUUUCAAAAUCUUACCAUCUGGUGAUUUGUUACUCUCGAAUAUUAAAUGGGAAGAUAUGGGCGCUUACCGGUGUAUAGCACGUAACGCUAUGGGCAAGGAUUCUGCGGAUACUUUUGUCUAUCCAGUACUUAAAGAAGACAAAUAAAUCAAUUGUGGAUAUGUGAAAAUGUCGUCUCCCCACCUUAAACAAAUACAAACACGCACAAACAUUUGUAAACAAUAGGCAGUUGUACGUACGUAUGUAAAUGAAAGCACACGAAUAUAAGAAAGAACGGUUCCUAAAGUGAAAUAUAAUACCAUUGUAUUGUACGUUUUAUUAUAGAUAGUUAAAAUGCCUGUAAAGGUGCUACCCCAUUGUUGAGGCGGGAAUUAAAUCACUUUACUUUCAGUUGGUUUAAGUAUAACUGACUCCACAAUCUGUAGAGCGUUUAUUUA